AUGUUUGAACCGAGACAAGUGAAGUCGGUGAAGAGUAGACAGGACACGAUAAACCAGGGUGAUGUGGUUGAUAUCGAGAAGAAAGACGUACAGCCGAGCAUGGCGAGGGUGCAGUCCCAUUUCCUGGUACCCUCUGAAAAGCUGGACAAAGUAACCAAAAGGGUCAUAGCUCCGUACGCCCAAAUUGAAAGGAAGGGUGUCAAACACGAGGAAGAGGUGGGGACUUACUUAGACAUAAAUAGAUUCACAAUGUUCCUAGAAGAAACAGUGGAUUUGGACUCGCUUCUCUUCGAAACUGCCAUGGUUUUGAAGACUGUCACGCAUAGUUCUGCGGAAGGUAAAAUAGCAGCGGCGCAUGUGGCUGCAACCAAGGAGUUCCUCCUCCUGGACGACGUGGAGAGGGACAGACGCUUCGGCGAGGGCCUGAAGUGGAUCGACGCUAAGGUGGCGCUGUGUAUGCCCGUGGUGAAGCCUGAUGGGGAGUGCUAUGCUGUGCUGGAACUGUACCGGACGUAUGCCGAGCCUUAUGAUAAUAACGUGGUGUACACUGUGGUGAGCGUGGCUUGCUGGGCGGGCGCAGCGGCGCACCAGGCGCAGGCGCGAAUCACACUGCAGAAGACAGCCCACCUCAACUCAGAACUACGCGCACUACUGCAGAGCUACUUCUGUGACCUGGCCUCUAUCGACACCAUGCUCACUGACAUGCUCGCGGUAGUGAAAUCCUUCGUGGGAGCGAUGCGCAGUAGCUUCUACAUCCUAGACCGUGAUGUCCACAACGACCAGAUGAUGGCAGAGAUGUGGGACGACGGCUGGACAACGGAGAAGACCAACAUGCCAAGGAAGAAGGUUAAGGUUAACCUCACCCAGGAACAGAGUCCAGCAGGGUACGUGGCACGUACCGGGGAGUCCCUGAACGUGACAGACGCGUACAGAGACCACAGGUUCGCCAAGGAGAUCGACCCCACCACCGGCACCGUCGUCCGAUCCGUUCUGGUGUCGCCAAUCAUCGAUAAACAGGGAGUUAUUGGGGUGGUGUCAGUGACCAACAAGAGCAACGCGAAGCCCUUCGACGAUGAAGAUGAAGACAUAUUCAACGUGUUCAUCAGCUACUGUUCCCUCAUCGUGCACUUCUACAACAUGCAACUCAAGAAGACUUACCACCAAAACCUGAACUACGUGUACGGAGACCUGAUGACCUUCCACAUGAAGCCGUGCAAACACGACACGGAUGAGCUCAUGGAGUCCAGCGGAGUCGUGCUGGCUCCUCCCAACUUUAGAACAUACGACUACCACAUCAGCGAGGGUAACAAGGAAGAUAUGCCGGGGCUGGUGGUCUACAUGUACACGGAGACGUUCGCGGACAGGAACUUCGAUCGCGUGAUGUUGGCAGAGUUCGCGCUGACAAUCCUGCGCAGCUACCGCGCCAACCCGUACCACAACGCUGAACACGCCUUCUGCUUCACCCACACCAUGUUCAUGAUCCUCGUCAAUAAUACUGGUAUCCUUGAUUUUGAUGAGACGGCGGCCCUGAUGCUGGCGGGGCUGUGCCACGACCUGGACCACCCCGGGAUGAACAACAACUUCCUCACGCUCAUCAAGCAUCCUCUCGCUUCCAUGUACAAGACCUCCAUGCUCGAGUACCACCAUUACUUCCUUGCUAAGAAGAUCAUUGAGGACAAGAAGAUCCUCGCGAAGCUGUCGACGAACGACCAGGCUCGCAUCAUGGAGGAGAUCAAGUACGACAUCCUGUGCACGGACCUCGCCGUCUACUUCCAGAUCCGCGCGCAGCUCGCGCCACUCAUCGCCGAGCACACCUUCGACUGGACCGACAACUCGCAUCGACGGAUGCUCAAGGGUAUCUUGAUGACGACCAGUGACUUGUCCGGGUGUUGCAAACCAUUUGGAGUGUCCAAAGCCAUUGCUGAGUCUGUUUACGAUGAGUUCUAUAACCAAGGUGACAUGGAGCGCGCCAUGGGGUACAAGCCGCUGAGUAUGAUGGACCGCAAGCGCAGCAUCAACCAGCCGGCCGAGCAGAUACAGUUCCUGUCCGUGGUGGUGCUGCCCUGCCUCAUGCUGCUUCAAACCAUCUUCCCCAACACAAACCCGCUUACAGAAAACUGCCGGAAAACCCAGGAGGCGUGGCACGAGGAGAUAGAGAUCCGAGGCCAGAAGUUGUGGCGUCAGGAAGAGUCAGUCGCCACCCUGAGCAACAGCAAGUUUAGCACCAAGACUCGAUCCGACUCCAUCCCCGGUUGAAUGAAGAGAGUAAGCAUAGAAGCAUUCUUGUGGCAUAGAAUAAGGAAUAACACUACGUAUAGAACGGCAACUCUGCGCUCCCCACCUGUAUAUGAGCUAGGUUUACCUCACCCCCUCGAACAUAGUUUGAACUUGAAUCAUAAGGUAUCAGACGUCACACACACAGAUGCGUGUACGAUAAUGUCAAUGUGUAGUGUCAGUGUAAAAAGAGGUUGUUUGUAUGAAGUGUCCGAGGUGUGCUUGUAGCCUAAAACUGACGCUACGAAAUUCGUACAGCAGGGGGCGGUACAACUUUUAAAAUCAUACAUAUGUAAACGCACGCAUAUUACCCACUAGGGUAAGCAGAGACUAUGGAAUUCCGUACUGAAACUUCAAAUGAUACCAUUAAUACCACUAUGGCCCUUAUUGCGGUAUAAAUGUAUGAAUCGGCGCGCGCCUUUCGUCACUUAAGGGUAAGUAUGUCAACUUAUUUACGAAACGGCAUAAAUAGCUGAGUACAGCCAAAUAGCGACAUAAAUCGAUAACAUUAACGUGUUUUUGAACUAAAGUCUAAAGUUGUACGAUUAUUUUGCUACUGUGUUUUGCUUUGUCUGAUUUUUAGCGUCAAUAAUCAACUGCAGCGAGUAGGGAGUCAGAUGUCACUCACACAGAUGUACGUGUACGAUAAUGCCAAUGUGUAGUGUCUGUGUAAAACGAGGUUUUAUCUAAGACGUGUCCGGAGUGUGACCAGAGUAAGAGCCUGCUUUCAUGCUUAUUUUCGUUCACAGGGAAAUAAGGAAGAAUGAGGGAAAGAAGGCGUUUUUAAUUUCAUCUGUUAUG